UUUGAGACUGGGUGCACUUGUAUUGCUUUUCUAGAUGGAUUUCCUCAAAGGUGAAGUAAGGGAAAUUUCCAUUCUCCCACCACGUUUUAUAAAGACAUAUAAACAACAAACAUUUGAAGUCAGUCAGCAGUUUCUUUAGAUCUGCGUUUCAAAGUCUCUCUGAGGAGACGGGAGCGACGAGCCAGCGCCACGUAACGGAUUAUCGACAAUCGUUUGUGGCAUCGCACAGCUGUUUUUAUUUUACACGAGUUACUCUGAUCGCGGCUAGACCGGUUUCCCCGCAAGAUCAACAAAGGCAAUUUUGCAUAUAAUUGUAUUUAAUUAGAAUAUUAGACGAACUUGUUGGACUAAAAAAAAAAAAACAAUUAAAAAGCAAUGGUGGGAAGGCUCAACUUGCAGAAUGUGCCUGACGACGAUCCGCUGGAAAUGAAUCUCAAAGCUGAUCGACCGCUUGACAGUCCAGACUCCGGUCUGCCUCCGAGCCCGAGCCCGAGCCCGAGCGUUUGGUUACUGCAGGGCACCGGGACUGCCACCCCGACUACUGAGGACGACAGCAGAGAGCCACCUGUGGUUUCUUUUAAAAGUGUUCCUCAAUUGCAUGCAUUGUCGUAUGGGGAAGGAAUUGAGCUUGAUCCUCUGCCAUUAAAAGAAAUGAGAUACACAUCAUCAGUGCGUUAUGAUUCAGAUCGGCACUUCAUCCAGGAUGUGACCUUGCAGCCCAAUGGUUUGGGACUGAAGAUGUGCAGCCAGACAGUCUUGGCCCUGCCUCAGAGCACAUGGAGACAUUACAAGACCCAGCUGGAGUUCCAGCCCUGUCAACGGGUGCAGCGCUACCAGAGUACCACCAUAGUGUACCCCAAAUACACCCGGACCUUCUACACCACCCAGCUCAAUUAUGAUGGCCACAAGCUGGCCAAGCGCUUCUUCUCUACUGUAGAACUACAGGCAUCUGACUGUAGGACUGGUCUUUGAAAGACAGACAGGCAUCUGUGCCUACAUUUCGCCCAUACUAAUUAUAAACCACCGCCUGCAGUUAUUGCGAGUCCCAAGAGGAAAAAAGGGAAACUCAGACUUAAAUUGUUGCCAGUUGGACCAAGGUUCCCAAGACUGAUGGUUUUGUAGUAAAUUCAUUUUAAUUUGGAGGAGAGUAAGCAACUGUGUUGCUUUUCUUUUAAGGGCUGGUUAAGUUGAGCAUAUGGAGGUUUGGAUGGUUUCCUCAUUCACUGUGGUGGUAUACAGUGGUUGCUUUUACAAUGAUGGGUUUCAUUGUAUGUAGAAGUGUGGUUAGUUGCUCAAUGGUGAGAUUCAAGUUGUAUAUAUCCUGCUCUGAUCUUGGACUAUCACUGCUUUGAAUGCAAUGGCAUAGAUUCCAGGGUGGGAAUAAUAAAAACAAGUACAGCCCCCCACCCCCCCAUAUUUAUGAUUGACGGAAACAAGUAAUUGCUUCACGCUGCAAUCCCCCAUUAAAUCUAAUGGUUAGGUUUAGUGUUCAGGUAGGUCACAUUGUUGGCCAUAGAGCUAGACAGGAUUUACUCUUCAGGGCAAACUCUUUUGCCCUGCCCCAUCAUGAAUUCAGUGUUAGUUGAAUAAAAAUGCAUUUUAUUGUUUGGGUUACUUUUGGGUUUCUAAAGCAACGCUUCCAGAAUUAUUUUGAUUAUAUUUAAAUUAUUUCCACAAUUUAAAUAAAUUGUAUGUAACCGGUUCACAUCUCACCUGAGACCAAGAAGGGAAGGUUCACUUGUAUUAGGGUAUGUAAAGGGGUUUCUCAAGAAACUGGUAUUUGGGCGUCUUUCCAUAAGGAUAAUUAUGUUUAUCUGAGUAGAACAUCUUAAACUCCACCACUGACAUCUGAAACAGACCGGUCUGUGUAUUUUUAAUGUUUACUAUUGUAAAACUCCAUGGGGAUAAAAGCCACACUUUUUUUGCAUUUUCUUUAUUUUAUUUAAAAGUUUGCUAACUUCCACAGCUCUACUUGGGUUUUAGUAAGUUGUAAAGUUUUUUCUUGGUCUAAUUAUUCCUGAAGGAAAAAUGAGAAUUGGGGUAAGUGUUUCAAAACACUUGUGCCUGUUACUGCAGACUGAAGUAUUUGUAGACAGAUAACUGAAAUAUAUUGAGCAGAUCGUUCUAAAUAUCUGUUUAUGUUAGAGGCACUUUUAUGUUGUAUUUAUUUUAUUUCAUUUUAUUCUCAUUUUAAUUGUCUUUUAUUCUUUAUCGCACAGUCAUUGAUUGAGGGAGAGGGAUGAAAAUGUUUCUUGUUCCAAUAUCUGUGCUGUCAAUUUUUUCUAACUUUUAAAGUUUAAAUUUCUAUGCCAAGAUAGUAAUUUACUGUUAAAAUAAAAUAAUUUUU